AGCGAACGUCGGUGGCGACUAUCAUGGCGUACGUAGCAGUAGACGCUGACGAUCGAUUAGAAGAAGGUCCUGAAGGCCUGCAAUUCAAGUCUUUCCUUGGAGGUGGAGAGCAGAACGGUAGCCAGACUCAAGGAGGAGCUUCAGGAGUGGGCAAUGCUGACAGAGGCUAUCUGCAGGACCGACCAAAAGGUCCGUCUGGAUUCUGGACGCUGGACUACUACCAACAAUACUUUGACGUGGAUACGAAGACAGUCCUCCGAAGAUGCUACGCGACGAUGAUCCCCACAAACGUCGACUUCCUCUCCGUACACCUCAACCCUCCUGAUUUAUAUGGUCCCUUCUGGACACUGACCACGCUCAUAUUCGCCCUCUACCUCUCCUCAAGUCUUGGCGCGUCCAUUGCGUCGUACCUCUCCGAUCCAGACGAGGCGUACGACUACGACUUUACGCUGCUUUCCAUCGCCAUGUCCCUUGUGUACGCGUACGGCCUCGCCGUGCCUGCAUGCUUAUGGCUGGGUUUGCGAUACCUGGGAGUAGGCGAGUGGAGCAUCGUCGAGGCUAUUGCAGUUUGGGGUUACUCGCAGUUCAUCUGGAUACCAGUCUCGAUACUCUGCGUCAUCCCUGUACCUCUCGUGCGCUGGGUCCUUGUCGCAGUAGCGUUCGUAUUGUCAGGCAUAUUUCUGAUCAGGAACGUGUACCCUAUCCUCGCUUCCGCGGAGGCAAAAUCAUUAAGACUGGUCGUCGUGGUCAUCUUCAUCCUGCAUGCCGCGCUGGCCUUGACCUUCAAGGUCAUGUUCUUCAGUUACUACGUUGUCGACAAAAUCGGCUACGAUAUACCUGUGCCGGGUGGGGAUGACCCGGGUCCUUGAACCACUAGGGUAGCCGUCGUUGCAGAGCUUUGUGUGUACUCAAUCACAAUGGUAACUUAUCUUGCUGAAAGGACACUUUCUCUUUGGCCUUGACCCGCUUUGACGAGUGGCAGCGCUUCUCAAAGACCCUUUGAGCGCUUCUUCGCGCGCGUCCCAUUUAAAAAG